ACUCAGUCGAUCUGCUCAACCAUCUUCCUUCCUCUUUGGCUUCAUCGCCUCCUUUUCUUUGUUUCGAAGUCCCACUUUCCUCCUCCCCUGUCUCUCCCAUCACAUCCGCCUCCAACUCCCUCCAUCCUCCACGCCAAAGCUAUCGCCUUUAUAACUCCCAAACAUCCCUCCCCCUUAAUUCCGCUCUCUCAGUCAAAACAUUCCCAUGGCGGCCAUCACCAAAUCUCCCUUCCUCCUCCUCAUCAUCACCCUCGCCGCCACCACCAUCGCCGCCGAUCCCGACCUCCUGCAAGACAUCUGCGUCGCCGAUCUCAACUCCACUCUCAAAGUAAACGGAUUCCUCUGCAAGCCUCCGGCCGCCGUGACACCCGACGACUUCUUCUUCAAGGGUAUCGCUGCACCGGACGCCACAAACAACACCUUGGGCUCCAUCGUCACGGCGGCCAACGUGGAGAAGAUUCCAGGACUUAACACUCUCGGGGUUUCCAUGUCCCGCAUAGACUUCGCUCCCAAAGGGCUGAACCCGCCGCACACCCACCCGCGCGCCACCGAGUUGGUUUUCGUUCUUUACGGCACUCUCGACGUGGGCUUCAUAACCACCGCGAAUAAACUCGUUGCCAAACGCAUAACUCACGGGGAGAACUUCGUGUUCCCCCGCGGGCUCGUCCAUUUCCAGAAGAACAACGAGGAUAAGCCGGCCGCUGUCAUCGCCGCGUUCAACAGCCAGCUUCCUGGAACGCAGGCUGUAGCCGCCGCGCUCUUUGGCUCCUCGCCGGCGGUUCCUGACAAUGUGCUCACCAAAGCGUUUCAGAUUGGCACCAAAGAAGUUGAAAAGAUUAAGAGCCGAUUAGCCCCUAAGAGUUGAUUUUGCAACAUUAUAAUUGUAAAAGAUUCUUCUUUUCUUUCCUUCUUCAUCUGUGUUAAACGGUCGAAUUUGUGCCAUCUUUGUCGGUUGGUCAGAUCAUUCAUUUCUUUAAUGAUUAUGCUUCUUGAUUAUUAAUUUGUUAUCCUGCUUCAAUA